GUUUCAACACAACAAGAUCUAUACCUACAUCGGCGAAGUGCUGGUCUCGGUGAAUCCUUACAAGAACCUGGACAUCUAUGGCGCGCAGCACAUGGCCCAGUACAGGGGGAGGGAGAUGUUUGAAGUGCAGCCGCAUGUGUAUGCAGUGGCCGAUGCCUGCCAGAGGGUCUUGCGGCAGCAGGGCAAGGAUACGUGCGUAUUGAUAUCUGGGGAGUCUGGCGCCGGGAAGACGGAGGCUUCCAAGUUCAUAAUGAAAUACAUAGCGGCGAACACCACACAGGUGCACAGGGAAUAUAUAGACAGAGUAAAGAACGUUCUAAUUCAAUCGAACUCGAUCUUGGAGACUUUCGGCAACGCGAAGACGACUCGCAACGACAACUCGUCGCGUUUCGGCAAGUACAUGGACAUCCACUUCGACUACAAGGGCGACCCGGUCGGCGGACACAUCAGCAACUAUCUUCUCGAGAAGAGUCGGGUGGUCGGCCUGCAGCCCGGCGAGAGGAACUUCCACGCUUUCUACCAGUUGUUAAGCACGAACAACGCGCAAACGAAGAAUUUCGGUCUAUCGUCAAGCGCGGCGUACAAGAUCCUGGGCAGCGAGAGGACGACGGCGCAGGAUUCUAAACUUUAUUCUGUUACCAACAGUGCCUUUACUGCUUUGGGCUUCAGCAGCUCUGUCGUCGAGGAGAUAUGGAAUAUCGUAGCUGGAGUUGUACUACUGGGCGAGCUGACGUUCAGCGAGUCUGCGGAGGGGCAGCUGUCGGUGGGCGGGCCGCUGCGUGCGUGCGUGCGCGCGCUGGGCGUGGCGGAGGCGGCGCUGCGCGCGGUGCUGCGCGCGCGCGUGCUGGCGGCGGGCGGCGAGCUCGUCAGCAAGGACCACUCGCUCUCCGACGCGCACUACACGCGCCUCGCGCUCGCCAAGGCCGCCUACGACCGCCUCUUCACAUGGAUUGUGCAGCAGAUCAACAAAGCCAUCGACGUGCCGUCUGGAACGUACAAGAACACGUUGAUAGGCGUGCUCGACAUCUACGGGUUCGAGAUCUUCGAGACGAACAGCUUCGAGCAGUUCUGCAUCAACUACUGCAACGAGAAGCUGCAGCAGCUGUUUAUUGAGCUGGUGCUGAAACAAGAGCAGGAGGAGUACGCUCGCGAGGGUAUCCAAUGGACUCCCAUCAAAUACUUCAACAACAGGAUCAUCUGCGAAUUGAUCGACGCGCCACAUCAGGGCAUCAUCGCCAUCAUGGACGAGGCGUGCCUGAAUCCUACCAAGAUAUCUGACCAGCAGCUGCUGGAAGCGAUGGACAAGCGUCUGAACGGGCACAAACACUACACCUCGCGGCAGCUCUGCCCCACCGACAAGAAGUUGAAGCACGGCGUAGACUUCAGAAUCAC